AUAAGUACUCGGUCGUAUUGAAAAACGGUAAUAAGACCUUCGCGUAAGACAAUCCUUGUACACAUUUUCGGUCUGCUAGAAAGUACACACUCGUACACACAAAUCUAAACACUAAUCGUUGUUUACUGAGCAUUCUAAUUUCAGAUGAUAUUUUUUGCAAAACAUAAUAUCCGUCCGUUUCUGAUUUAGAAUGCAUUGUACUUUUUAAUAAUGACUCCGAAAUACUUUAACGAUUUUUGUGUAUACCAGUUUGUUGGCUUUAUUUAUCUGAAAUGUUUUGUUGAGUAUAUUGUAAUUUCAACGUUUUCACGAGUAUACAUUUUUAAGUAUUCUUAUCCGUGUAUAACUGGGUAAUUUCCAAUAAUUAUCCAAGUACUCGAAUUAGUGCGACUCGUAACACUAUGUGAUUCACGGGGAACCGUUAGAAAUUAUGAUUAACGUCAUUGAUUGAAUAUUUUUUAACGAUUUAACAACUGAAAUAUUCGGAUUAAUCAUUGCGUCCAAUGAUCAGUGGACACAAGAAAUUGAAAUCCGGUGACAUGUCGUGACAGGAGUAUGUUACGAGUCGCAGUGAAACAUUUUUCAGAUAAAUUCGCACGGACGUGAAUUUUAAUCACGAACAUAUCAAAUGAUAAUAAUAAUAAUUUCGAGAAUUUUUUGCGAAAAAGUUGAAAUGAAAAUUAAGCAGCUGGUACGUCAAAUUGGAAAAUUUUUCUCUGUUUCGUGUUGUUUAGUUAGGUAAACAACUUGGAGAAAAAAAAUAAAAUACGUCCGAUCAAGGUGAAGUUUUUAUACGUAUACCGGACAGUAGUGAGCGAUCUAUAAACUAAUGUGAUAACCAUCAUGGUGGGUAUAGGUACCCGAUGGCUGGUCACACUGUGUAUGCUAUCAGCAGUCCAAUGUGUACCUUCUAGGGUUACUCAUCAAUCAAAUACCGAUUCUGAAGACUCAAGAAAAGUACUUGGAUCAAGUGUUGUCACUUCAGUAUCUGUAAUUAUGGACCACGGUAAUGGAACAAAAACAUACUUAUCAGAUGGACAAAGUAAAAACGUUCAAAAACAAUCUGAAACUCUUAUAGGUAGUCCUGGACAUUUAUUGUCACCAGAUCGCUAUGAGUUUUAUACUUUCGAUGAAACUGGAGACUUAGUUAAACGACUUAUGACUCUUGAUGAAAUACAUGGCUUAAUUGCAGGAGCAGAUCCAGAAUCUGAUUUAACUGAUGUUUCUCCUACAUAUUACCACGAUGCACUAUCAAGUCAUUCUUCAGAAGCUUUAAUGCAUUUACCUGCAACAGAUCUUGAAUCUUUAGAUGCACCUGCUGUUCAUAAAGUCUUAGAAAAAGUACAAAACGUACUUAAGACUGAAAUGGCUGCUAAUUCAGGGAAUCCUUUAACUUCUAUAUCAGAUAUACCUCUACACCAUCAAGAAACAUCUUCUGCUUGGUCAGCAUUAUUCCCAGGAUUAAUUGAAACUCCAGAUGAUGUAGCACAUUUAUCUGGAUAUUUGCUUCCGUCAAAGAUAGCAGAAUCAGCUACAAAAACGUCAUUAAAAAAACCCAUAUCGAUAACAAAACAACCGCACACUACAACAACUCAUAAAUUUUCAACAAACAAACUAUCAUUGUCUACAACUGCGUACCCAUCAGUGAUUAUUACAGAAACAUCCAAAUCGACACCUAAAUACACUACUAAUACUCCUCCCGAAGUAAUUAGUAAAUUAACACCUAUUCAAACAUCCACUUUCAAAUCAUCUACAACUAAAAAACCUUUUAAACCAAUACAGUCAUUUGAUAAAGAGAAACCUACAAUAUCAAAUCCAACAUUAACUUUAAAACCAACUGAUAAAUUAUCAGCUAUGGUUGCAGAUAAUCUUAAUAUUAAUAAAGAAAUGUCGGCAUCAAUUUCAAACAUGCUGUCUCAAGUGACAGAUAGUCAUUCUAUUAAUAAUAGCCCCAUACAAUCGAAUACUUUAAUCGAUAAAGAAAAUACAGCAGAUUACCUACCAGAAGAAAGUUCACCAGAGCUAAGCUAUUACAAUCCUGCGGAGAUAUCAUUGAGUACUGUAACAUCAUUAAAACCAGUUGCAGAAUCUUUAACGACUGCCAAAAAGCAUUACACUACAGUUUCUUCUAAAAGUACGACUACGGAAAUACCUUUUUUACAAAAAAACCCUUCAAUCACCAAAUUUGUUCCUAAUAAAUUUAAUUUAACUAAAUUAAGACCACCAACAAAUUUUACUGUAUCUUCUGUAGUCACCAAAGCACCUCCGCCAUCUUUUAAUAACAAAUACAAUGGAUCUUCAAUUCAAGCUACCACUGUUUCUUCGGUCAGAAAUAAUUAUCAUUAUCCACCCAGUAAUAUGUCAACUAAAUAUAUGCAGAAGAUUACGCAAACUACACAAGUUUAUCCAAAUAUUACCAAUAAUAAUUUCAUAAAUUCUACUGAAAAACCUAUUAAUAAUAUUCAUCAUUUCAGUACGAAACAACCUUCAAAUAAUAAUUUUAAUACUACCGAAAAGGUUCAAAAUAAGUUGAAAGAGUCAAAUGAUACAAAUUGGAGUAGUACUGAAGGGUUUAAAAAUUACAGUAUUAUAUCAUGGAGUACUGACGGCUAUAAAAAUAAAUUUAAGGAGCCAAGUGUUACAACUGCCAGUACAAUCGAAUUCAAAACAACAUUGAAAGAGCCAAACAAAGUAUUUGCAAACAAACUAUCCUCUUCAACCAGACCAAAUCUUAUAAAUAGGCCAAAUGUUACUUUAUCAAAUCGUAUACAAGAACAUAAAAUCACAACUUUAUCUUAUGGGUCGACAAUUAAUUCAACAACUAUCAAAAGUCCUUCAGAGUCUGAUGAAUACAUUUCAGUUAAAGCUGAUCCAUGGCCUACGACUACUACACUACCGACAGUUACAACUUUAAAUACACCAUAUGUUAGUAGUACUCCGAAAUCGUUUAGUUCGAGUAGUAGUCUACCUUUUAAUUCUAUACCUGACACUAACACUAUAAAAGAACUUAUUUCGUCAUUAAUGACUACAUCUACUGUCUCAAAUAUUAGUAGCGUAUCAAAUUUGUCGGCAACUUCUGAAGCUGAACAAAAAACUACAUAUAUCACAUCUACAACGACAGUGGCAUAUCAAAAAAAUGCAUCUGAAAUGCCAUUACCAAUAGCUUCUUCUACUACCCAAUUACCAACGACUCUAACAACUACAUCAACUGUCGUUCCUAUUAUAACUUCUGCGUCGACAACAACAGAAGCUAUUACAACUCCUCACGUUUUACCAUCUAGUUUAAAAGAAAAUUUAGUGAUGAAUAAUACUAAAGCAACAUUAGGAACAUCAUUUACAUCUACUACUUCUGAAUCGGAAAUACAGUAUGUACCCGUAACACAUUUCUUACAAGAAAUUCAAACAAACAGAAGUCCAGAAUUCGAAAAAAAUACUAGUAGUACUCUUGGAGUUGAUUCUCUUCUUAAAGAUGGUAUAACUGCUGUAACUAAUAUGCUUCAAAAUACACAAAAACCAACUAUUAUGAAUACUGAUCACCAACUUAUAAGUAGUAGUUCUUAUGAAAAUACAACUAUUAAAAUUACAAAACCACCCUCAACAGAACAAGCUAGAACACAAACAACAACCCCAUUAGAAACAGAAGACGUUUCUUCUGUAACUACGGAAAGCUUAACGCCACAAGAGUCAUAUGAAAUGACUACAACUGAGAUUAAUACAAAACUACCUGUAUUAAAAGAUACAGUUGCAAUGGAGUCAGUUACAGAUAAUAGUAAUCAUGAUUUAUUUCGUAUAUCUGAACAAGGAUUAGAAAUGCUAACAAUAUUUAAUGUUAGCUCAACUGGUGUUCCUGUACAAGCGGGUAAACUUGCCGAUUUGCCAGCAGAAUCUCCAGUAGUUUUUGAUAGCACUAUUUCAUAUGAGAAUCAUAGCAUUGAACCUUCAACAAACAUUGAAGAAAUAUUAACCACUGCUCGAGCAGUCGUUUCAUCGUCUACAAUAGCUUCAAAUGAAUCUGAUUUGAACCAAACAAAGCAAGUUUUAGUAGAAAAUGUUAAGGCAACAUUAUUACCUGAAAAUUAUACUACACAGCUUCCACUUCUAACAACUACUUUGCAAAAUAUUAAAUUACCCAGUUUUUCAUCUAAUGUGUAUAGACCAUUAUCUAAUGGUGUGUCACCUUCUACUGUUGAACUUCAUCCUGCACCACAUGAAAGUAUGGGAUUAGAAGCCAGUGUUGCGUUCUUGGGAGACGAUGUUCGAAGAUUUGUUGACUUAUGUAAUGAGCUCUCAUUUAAGAUGUGGACGACCAUUACCGGCAAAGGUCUAAUAGCUUCAAGAAGUUUAGUAUUAUCACCAUUUGAGCUGACUGCAAUGUUGGCUAUGGUAUUUCUAGGUGCUAGAGGCUCAACUUCUGGACAAAUGAACGAUGUUCUUCGAUUAGAUGAUAUGGUUACGUUCAACCCACAUCAAGUACUUAGAAACGUUACUCAGUCUAUAACUGACACCAAUAUACCAGGUGUUGCUACUGCGUCAUUUGUUCGAGAAAUAUACAGCCACAAGGAAAAUGGAAAAAUAUUAGACUUUUACAAAGAACGUGUUCAACAGUAUUAUGAUGGACAUGUUGAAGAAGUAGAUUUUAACACUAUAGGAGAUAUUUUAAGAAGACGAACAAAUUUAUUAGUUAAAAGACAGACAUUAGGUCGCGUAGUUGAAUAUCUACGAGGAUCAAGUUUAAGUCUCACUCCUCCUUUUGCAGCUUUCAGUGCUAAUGUAUUCCAGACAAGUUGCGAGACCGCAUCGACCGAUGGAAGAGAUGGCGAAAUGUACUUUGUGGUAAGGCCAUCAACAAGACAGCGCAGAUUAGUGCCGAUACCCGCUGCUGUUUGGAAAAAUGGAUUUUUGGCUGGAUACGAGCCUGGCUUAGAUGCCACUGCAGUCAGUUUAAGUCCAGAUUCUAUUGUAUCUACUAUAUUAAUAUUACCUGGUCAACAAGGACAAGUGGCACCAGGAGAUGGAUUGACAAGAUUAGAACAACGCUUAAUUGAAACAUCAUAUCGAAGAGGUGGAUGGUCACGAAUUCUAAGAAGUUUAUUACCCAGACCGGGACUUGAACUUCAGAUACCAAGAUUUUCACAUAGAUCUGUUUUAAACACGACAAUUGCUUUGCAAAAAAUGGGUCUUAAAGAAGUUUUUAAUGGACAAAAAGCCGAUUUGAGAGGAGUCAACGGGUUAUAUGAUUUAUACUUGUCUGACAUGCUUCAAGUGAACACAUUUAGCACUUGUGGAGAAGACGUAAUUGGUGCUAGACAUCAUGUAGAAACAUAUCCAGCUUCCCCUCAACGAAUGGGUCGAAUUGAAAGAUUAGCUGAAAAAAAAAGACGUAAGAGAUAUGCCAACUCUGCUGUUGAUUAUUUUCAAAAUCCAUAUUCCCACCUACCACUAAAUUUGAGACCUCGACAGGCCAGAUUGCCAGAUUCCCCAAGAUUAAGAUUUGAUAGGCCAUUCUUAUAUUUAGUUAGACACAACCCGACUGGUAUGAUUUUAUACUUAGGCAGAUUCAAUCCAAGAUUAUUACCUUAAAAUAUUUGUAUAGUGAAUUAUUUUAAAAUACCAAAGCUUCUUAAUUUGUUUAAUAUAUUUCUUUUAAAAAAAAUGACUAAAAUUUAUUUAUUAAUUUUAUGGAAAAUAUAUUAACUUGUUGUAUUCAUAAAUACAGAUUAACGUAAAAUAUUAACGUUGAUCAUGGAAUAGGUUCUCCAGGUAAAUGUAUAAAAUUAUCCUAAAUAUUGUGUACGUUAUAUUAAAUUGUUGUAUACGUUGCGUUAUUACGUUUUUAUUUGUUAAUAACUUUACUCUACAAGUUAGUUCAAAAUUAUAGGUCGAUUUCACUGACAUUAUACAAAAUUACUUAUUAUAAUUAAAAUAUUUUUAAAAUAUCGAUUUAACAUGUAAGUGUUUUUUAAUAAAUAAAUGACUAUAAAGCUGUAGGAUACUUGUAUAAAAUAAUUUAUGAUCUUGGUAAAAUCGACUUCUAAAUAAAAAUAGUAUUAGAAUAGUACAGGAAGAAAUAAUUAGAAAAAAUACUCAUUUUUACUUUAGAUAAAAAAAAGUUAGUCAUAAGUAUUAUACCCAACUAAAAAAACUGUUGUAUCUCAUAAUUUAAAAAAAAUUUCCGUGUAAAACAGACUUUUCAUUUAGUAAUUUGAAAUUUAAUUAUUAUUUUUUAUUAUGUAUGAAAAAUGUGAGUAUAUAAUAAACUUAUUACACCUUUCUCUGUGCUUUUCAUUUACUAUCUAAAAUUAUCAUUUCGAAUUUUUUUAAAUAGUAAUUAUUAUGAUUUAAAUUUGUAUACUUACACUUGAAAACUAAGAUAUUUAUGUAUAUUUGCAAUAAUACUACUAUAUUUUAUUAUGAUAUAAUU